CCACGACCAAAUUAAGAAAACAUACAUAUAAAGUUGCAUAACCCUGCAAUAUAUACAGAUCAGUUUCAUUUGCUGUUUGAUCAGAAUCAUCAAAAUGGAGUUGACGCGAUUGGUUGGAAGCCUGAGCUGCUCCAUAUUCCUAGUCAUGAUGGCCAUAUCUGCGGCAGCCCAACCGUCCGAUGAUGACUCUUCUCCUCCGGUGCUUGACACCGCUGGACGGGCUCUUGAACGGGGCAUAGAAUACUACAUUAAGCCUGCCAUUACUGAUAAUGGUGGUCGUUUUACCUUGAUCGACCGAAAUGGCUCUUGCCCUCUAUACGUUGGUCAGGAAAAUGUUUCGGGUCCGGAUGGCUUCCCUGUCAUCUUUACACCUUUUGUCGAGGGAGAAACUUUAAUUAGGGAGAACAGGGACACUAAGGUUGUAUUCUCAGCAACCACAACCUGUUUACAAUCAACUACAUGGAAGUUAGCUGAGAGAGACGCAGAGAGUGGAAGGAGAUUAAUUGUCACUGGAGAAAUUGUCGUCACUGAAGAAAAUCAAAGCUGGAGAAGAGCAGGCAAUUUCUUCAAGAUUCAGAGGACUGAAGCUGGGGAUAAUAUCUACAAUAUCGUGUGGUGUCCGACUGAAGUCUGCAAUUUUUGCAGGUUCAUCUGUGGAACUGCUGGUAGUUUGGUCGAGAACGGGAAGAGGUUGUUGGCCUUGGAUGGUUCAGUGCUUCCUGUUGUGUUUGAGAGGGCUUAGAGAUUUAUAAUGUAACGAAUAAAUUAAUGGAGUACAUAGAAAAAGGGAAAUAAAUGAAAAAUAAAUGUAAAAUAAAUGGAGCCUGAUUCUAUCUAUUAGCAUGGCUGAGAAGAAUUUCAGACUUCCAGGCUGCAUAAUGAAAAGAUCAAGGCACGUAUAUGCUGGUACUCUAUAAAAGUACAAGUUCUGUAUACUGCCCUUGUUGGCUUUUUCAUUGUAUGGAUAUUGAAAUACGAUUUUCUUCCUA